AUGUGCCAAUGGAGUAUUGUGACUAUAACUUACGUGGUUCUUGUAUUGAAUUCGUACGAUGCCAGAGAGAUAAGUUCACCGGAUGCUGCUACCCUAGACAACCAUGUGUCAUCAGGUAACAGAACAUCACGGUUCUUGUUCGAUGCCAUAUUUGGAUUAGAGGUGCCCAUCUUGGAGGAACAGAGCGUCGAGGACGAUGAGGAGGACAACCAGAUCAAGAACUGCUCGUGUGAGUGCGGCGGGUCGAACCAGGAGAACCGCAUCGUUGGCGGGAUGCCGGCCGGCGCCAACCGCUACCCGUGGAUGGCGAGGAUCGUUUAUGAUGGCCAGUUCCAUUGUGGAGCCUCGCUCCUGACCAAGGAGUAUGUGCUUACAGCUGCGCAUUGUGUCAGGAAAUUAAAGCGGUCCAAAAUCCGCGUUAUCCUGGGCGAUCACGACCAAACCAUCACCACAGAGAGUGCGGCCAUCAUGCGUGCCGUCACGGCUAUCGUACGUCAUCGCAGCUUCGAUCCAGAUUCAUACAACAACGACAUCGCUCUCCUCAAGCUGCGCAAACCUGUCAACUUUUCUAGAAUCAUCAAACCUGUUUGUUUACCGCCUUCUGGUAUAGACCCAUCUGGCAAAGAGGGGGUCGUAGUUGGCUGGGGUCGGACAUCUGAGGGAGGGCAGCUGCCUGCUAUAGUGCAGGAAGUGAGAGUGCCCAUUCUAUCACUCAACCAGUGCCGAGGAAUGAAAUACAGAGCUUCGAGAAUUACUAGUAACAUGUUAUGCGCUGGUCGAGCAUCUACUGAUUCUUGUCAAGGAGACAGUGGUGGUCCUCUUCUGCUGCAACAGGGUGAUAAAUACCAAAUCGUUGGUAUUGUGUCUUGGGGAGUGGGUUGUGGAAGACCAGGCUACCCAGGUGUCUACACAAGGAUCACCAGAUACCUCCCAUGGCUUAGAGCUAAUUUAAGAGACACGUGUCUAUGUGGCAACUAA